GAACAGCAGCCGCUGAUUUGGUACAAUGGUGCCAUUACACAUGUUCUGAUGAUAUGGAAGCAGAAACCCUUCAGCCCUUCGAGCCCAUUCGGCCACUAAUCACCAGCAGGGUCUCUCCUCCAGUUGGUUCCUGCAUUCUCCCUCUCAGCUCAAACCCUUGAUGCCCUCUAUGUCUGGAACUUCAUCUCUCUCUCUCUCUCUGGUGGAGGAUUCCACAGGUUCACUGCCCUCUGAGUGAAAAAAAUCAACUCUUGUCAGCCCUAAAUGUCUUCCCCUGUAUCCUGAGACUGUGCCCCAUCAUUUUAGAUCAUCCAUCCAAGGGGGACACCCUCCCCACACCCAAACAUUAACCCUAAUAGUGGAACGGAACAGUUAAGUUGCCUUGAAAGGAAGAAAUAAUGACAGAAAAUUCUGUUGAUACUCAGGAGAUCAGGUAACAACUAAGGCAACUUAGCUGUUCUGUUCCACUAUUUCUAAAGUAUAUUGACUCAAUUUGGGCAAUAUGCUCAAGGUUUGAUUAUUGCCCAUGUUGGUUGUGGUGAGAAGGUGAUGGAGUAGCUACAGUCAUUGAGGUACUCCCACAACGCUGGAGACACGAGAGACUGCAGAUGCAGAAAUCUGGAGCAACACACAAGGUGCUGCAGGAAUUCAGUGGGUCAACUACCAAAUGAAGGGUCUCGACCCAAAACAUCGACUGUCCAUUUCCCUCCAUGGAUGCUGCCUGACCCACUGAGUUCCUCCAGUGCUUUUGUGUGUUGCUCCUACGACGAUGUUGGGGUGUUAUUUUUAGCCCGGAUCUAGUGACUGUAGGAGCACAGCCCGGCGCCAGGAUGGAAGAAAUAGAUUGUGCAGCAUGGCAAGACAAAAUCCCUUAAAGCCUACAGCUGAUGGUUGUAAGUGUGCACUGUAAAUGCAGCUUAAAUCUGCAAACUAUGAAUGCCCAUUCAGACUUCAUUCUAUAUAAUGAAUACUGUGCAGAGACACUGGAGCAAAUGCCGCAGGGUGGAUCACGUUGCUUAAACUGCUCAAAACAAAGAUAAGAACCUGAGCCUGGGAGAAGUGGGGGAAUUACAUUUGAAGUUUAAAACAUGGCAGCAAAGCAGAAUUUCCAGUGCUUGGAGGACCAGCUCUUGUGCCCUAUUUGUCUGGAGGUCUUCAAACAGCCCUUGAUGCUCCAGUGUGGUCAUAGCUAUUGUAAGAACUGUGUACUCUCUCUUUCUGGAAACCUGGACAACUACUUUACUUGCCCCGUGUGUCGGAAGACGGUGGACUGCAGCAGCUCUUCUCUGAAUGUCUCACUAGCUCGUGUUAUUGACACCUUGACAGUAAUAAGUGGGUCCAGUGGCAACCAAGAAAACUGCAGGGAUCAUCACAACCCCCUGAGCCUCUACUGUGAGAAAGACCAGCAGAUAAUCUGUGGGCUCUGUGGAAUCAUCGGACAACACAAGCAACAUAAGUUAACCCCCCUCUCCAGCGUGUAUGAGAGGAUGAAGGAACAACUUGCUUUGCUCAUUACAGGAGCUCAGAUGCAAAAGAACAACAUGGAGAGGCACAUAAACAGAUUAAAACACAACAGGACCCGUAUUAUUAAUGAAUCUGAUGUCUGCAAACUGGUGAUUCAGAAAGAAUUCCAGGAACUCAGAAGUUUUGUUGAUGAGGAAGAGGCCAACUUCAUUCAGUGCAUACAGUUAAAGUGCACCACAGCUGUUGAGACAAUUGAUGAACAAUUGGAAGAGAUGUCCAAAACACUAAAGCAGCUGAAGGAAGUUGAGGUUUCAUUGAGAAAAUUGGGCAAUGAAAAUCACUUAGAUUUCAUAAGGGAGUACAAUUCAAUCGCCUCACGAUGCAAACAGAUGCCACAGCCAGAGUCAGACAAAAUCUUCAGUAGCGUCUCCUUCAAACCUGGCUUUAGGCAUGAUGACAUCAAACUAACGGUUUGGAAAAAACUGCAGAAGCGGAUUUUACCAGAACCAGAAGAACUAAAAUUAGAUCCUAGCACCGCACACCCACUCCUAAUCAUAACCAAUGGUAGUACCAGGGUAGAAUGUGGAACAUACCUCAAGCGCUUGUCAUUGGUACAGGAGCGAUUUGACUACAACACCUGCAUUCUUGCCAACAAAGGUUUUUCCUCAGGCAAGCACUACUGGCAAGUGAUUGUCAAUGACAAGAUGAGAUGGCGUCUUGGCGUUAUCAAAGGUACCACAGGGCGCAAAGGGAAGUUGAACAAGACUCCGGAGAAUGGUGUCUGGAUGAUUGGAGUGAAGGAAGGAAAAAUUUAUGAGGCAUAUCAGAAUCCCAAAAUCCAGCUUUCACUCUUGGUGAGGCCACGGAAGAUUGGUGUGUUCCUUGAUUAUGAGGGAGGGCGACUUUCAUUCUAUAAUGUGGAUAAUCCAGAUGAGCUGAGUUUGAUCUAUGUUUUUGAUGCAGCUUUUCAAGGAAAGAUUUAUCCAAUUUUUGACCUUUGCUGUGUUGACAGAAGCAAUGACAUAGCACCUAUCACACUCUGUCGUGUUUGAAUUUAUCCCAACAAACAGCAAGAGGCAUCAUGCAAAUAUGAACCACUACUGUUCUAAUAUCAUGGCAACUGUUUUAAUGUCAUAAUUGAUGCUGUCUGAUUUUAUAACAUGGCUCAUCAUAUGAGAGACAGCAUUAGGUUCACGGAAUCUUUCUUUCAAACUUACUCUCAGAUCUCCUGAAUUAGCAAGAAAUAUGUUUGUGAUGUUUAGCUGUAAAAUGGAUUUCCAUUUAAUGGACUUAGUUACUUAGGGCACUGAUCUGUGGGAUUGGCUGACUUAUAGAAAUUCUGCAAACAUUAUCAAUUUUACCCAAAAUUGCUGGAAUCAAAUCCAGGGCAAUUAACUGUCUGUAAAUGUCUAGACUUAGGUCAAAAGAACUAAUAUGAAUGGUUUAAUAUACUAUUUCAUUUUUUUCCAUCUGUAACAGAGUGAUUUUGCUUUGUGAUGUCCUUUUGUUGACAUCUGGAAUGUGACAGUCAUGUGAUGGAUGAAAAUUUUUAUUGCACAUAUUAAAUUCAUAUUCUAGAAACUUGUUGCACAGAGGAAGGAUAUUUGGUCCAUCAUGCUUGGGCUGACUCUUUGAAAGAUCAAACCAAUUUAUCUCUCUCCCUGGUCCUUCCACAAGAACCCUGUAAGUUUUUUUUCCUCUUGAGGUACAAAUCAAAUUUAUUGUUGAAGCUGCUUCUGUCACUAGUCUUGGCAGUUUCUUCCAACUUCAAAUAAUUCUGAGUGAAAUUAUUUUGCCUCAUAUCACCUCUAGCUGUUUGUUUAAAACCUUAUGUCUGUAUCCUCUGGUUGCAGGUCCUACUGCCAGUGAAAACAGUACUUUCACCCUUAUUUACUUAACUCUCCCAUUAAUGUUCACUGAGUAAAGGAGAACGUCUUCAGCUGCUUUGGUCUAUUCAUGUAAAUGAAGUCCUGGGAUUCUCCUUGGCAGCAUUAUAGUAAUUAUCCCCUGCACUCUCUCAAAGGACCUGACAUCAUUCCUAAACUGUGGUUUCCAGAACUAUAUAUAAUAAUGCAAUUGUGGCCAAGCCACUGAUUUUUAAAGAUGUUUAUAAAGGUAAAGACUUUCUUGUUUUUGUGCUCUGUUAAUAAAUCCAGGAAUCCCAUUUCUUUGCUAACAUCGUCAUCAACCUCUCGUGCUACUGUGAAGCAUUUUUGUAUCUUCACCCACAGGCCUCUGUUCCUGCACCUGACCUGCCGAGUAUUUCUAGCGUUCCCUUUUGUUUCAGAUUUCCAGCAGCUGCUGUGAUCUGCAUCACAUACUUCCAACAUGUUAUUUUGUAUCUUUUCUCUCUCUAACUGCUGGCAUCAUACAUUACCUGGACAACUUUGAUCUCUAUCCUGUCAUAAACAUUCCCUCUCCCUCCUUUCCACUCGCUGCAACUUAAACAAAAAACUUAUUUUCUCACUUUUCGUUCUGAUGAAGACUCAUUGACCUGAAAUGUUGAAUCUGUUUCUCUUUCCACACGUGUUACCUGACUUGCUGAGUAUUUCUGGCAAUUCCUGCUUUUGUUCCUGUACAACCAAGCUGAGGUCAUUGUAUCCAAAAGAGCUGAGAUACUAAUAGUGACCCUUGAUAAAUGAACAUUUCCCUCCAGUCUAAAAAACAACCGUUCACCACAACACUCUGCUUUCUGUCCCUUCUAGGGUUCAGUGGCCCUUUAAUCCCAAACCACCGUCAUUUUUUGAAGGACAAAAUUGCCACAUUGGACCACUGCAGUUGCUGGGUUGAAGGUACUCCAAAAGUACCCUGAAGUAAGGAGCUCCACGAUUACUUAUCAGCCCUUGUCAGAAUGUUAUUCAGGUCUGGCCACGUGCUGGCAUAGACUAUUUCAUUAUCUGAGGAGUGGUGAAUGAAAUUAAAUAGUGUCCACUCAGGUGGGGUGAAUCAAAUUGGCUGAAAAUUGGUUUCUGUGAUGGGAACCACAGAAAAUGGGCAAAGUAGAUCAUCCCUCAGAACUUCUGUCUGAAGAUGGUUUCACUCUGCUUUGCACCAUGCUGAGCUCUGCCAGCAUUUAAGAAGGGGAUGUCCUGCAACCUUCUAUCCUUGCAAAGUACCACCUCAUCUCCAAGCUCCCAACCUCUCUAAGGCACCUGCAGUCUGGCAAAACAAGGUCUCUCUUUCCUGGACCUCUUGAUUUGAGUUCCUCCAAUCAGAUUUCCUGCCCUACCCCAAUACCAAUCUAUCCUCAUCAAAGACACAGAAGAUGUCAUGUGUGACUAUGAUUAAAGUAAACCAUCUCUUCUCAUUCUUCUUUGCUCAUCUGCAGGCUUUGACAUGGUCCACCCCGGCAUCUUAUCUAACACAACAUUCCUCCAGUUUUUCUCCAUUGCCAUCCAGCUUGAUGGAACUGCAGCCAAUUGUAGCUAGAUAGCCACCAGCAAUGGUUUCUCUUCCCACACCCUCACUGUCAUCUUUGGUGUAAUCCAAGGGUCUAUACUCAGCCCCUUCCCAUUUCGGAUCUAUAUGAUGCCCUGUCAUGGAAUCUAAUCUGACAAGUGCAAGUUAAUGCAUUUAUGGAACAUUGGUUGGGCUAUACCUGGAGUGUUAUCUCCAGUUCUGGUCACCACACUAUAGGAAGGAUGCGAUAAUCCUGGAGAGGGUGCAAAGGAAAUUCACCAGGAUGUUGCCUGGAUUGGAGCAUCUCAGUUAUAAGAUUGGAUAGGGAUUGUUUAUUUUUCCCUGGAGAGGAAGAGGCUGAAGGGUGAUCUGAUAGAGAUAAAAGAUUAGUGUAGAUGGGUGCAACAGUCAGUAUGGAUGUGGUGGGCUGAAGGGCCUGUUUCUGUGAUUCUAUAACAUCCAAAAAUGCUAUGACAGUUUCCACGUGUAAGGUGACAACAAGCAGUUAUACAACCUUUUUAAUCACUACACUGCUUAGAAUUGGAAUUGGUUUAUUAUUGUCACUUGUACUGAGGUACAGUAAAAAAAACUUGUCUUGCAUAUCGUGAGUCUGUUUUGGUAAUGUCAUUCUUGAAUUGGAUGUUAACUUGUUUGUGAGUUAAGUAAAAAGGUAAAUCUAAUGUGAAACUUUUCAAUCUUUGUACCUGGUUUUUAAUUAAAGACCAGGUUCAUCACACGGUGCAUUGAGGUAGAACAAGGGAAAACAAUAACAGAAAGCAGAAUAAAGUGUCACAGCUACAGAGAAAGUGCAGUGCAGGUAGACAAUAAGGUGCAAGGUCAUAACGAGGUAGAUUGUGAGGUCGAGAGCUUGUCUGAUGUCCAUGCUGCAUGUGCCAAAAUGUCCUCUGAUUAACUUUUGGGAAUAUCAGACCCAUUGUCUUUGUCCCAUCACAACUCCAUUUCUUAGCAAUUGACUUGAUGCCUCUCUCUAUUAAAAUCUAAGGCUGAACCAUACAUUUUACAACAUUGGUAUCAUAUCUGACCCUGAGUUGAGCAGAAGCAUGUACUUACACUAACACAAAGACUGCUCAUUUCCACCACCAUAAUAUCUCCAGGCAGUGUUUCUGCUUCUGCUCAUCUACUGCUGGAUCUACACCAAUGCCUUAGUUACCUCUCUAUUUUUACACUCCUGGCUGACCUCCCAUAUAAAUAUGAAGUUCCAGGGUGUAUGACAGAGCCCACUGAUUCUCCAUUAUGGCAAGCAUCUAAGUGCACUUUCAUACCAUGAAUGCCUUGCCUGGGUUAUAUAAAUGCAGACCCUUCAAACUAUGGCAGAUUUUCCAGACUAUGAUGUUUUCAGACCACUAUUGUAGUGUCAGGCAAUACAUUAGAAUUCCUAAUUCGGAGAAACCCCAAAAUAAUGAAGUCUUCACUGAUGUCUAUACUGCUUUUUAUGAGAGCUUGAAUCAGAGGAAGUCAACUAUUGGGGUGGUCAGCCAUUUGUCUGUUUUAAAAUGGCUGGUUGUUAGAAAUUUGUUAUGUUGGGAACAAAGCAAAAUGCAGAGUAUUUUUCACCAGGGUGCUCGUCUAUCAUUGGAUAUUAGUUGCAGUUAGUUUCUGCAACAUUUCUGAAGACUGUUCUAGGUAUAUAGGUCAUUUUUUAUCAAAGGUACAUUUAUUUCCCUGAGAACUUGAUUGUGAGUCUUCAAAUUGUACUUCGUGUUGAUAGUUUUCACAACUGAUGACACACUGGAGAACUUUUGAGUGCUCUAAAAAAUAACCACACUGAUUUUCAAAAAAAAUAGUUAACUGUAACAGAACCAAAUGUUAUUUGCUUGAUCCCUGUGCACCUUUUUAAUCUGUAGUUGGAUCUUAAAUCUACUGACUUCAUUUAGGCUUGAAUGUACACACAUGACUAAAUGCUAACAUAUAGCUGGAAUUUCCUGACAUCACAAAGCAUUAGGAAGUUUUGCAACCACUAAUCUGAUUGUAGAAUGGUAUUGUUCUUGGUUUUUGAAAUGUCUUUCGUUCCUUUUGUACAAAGUAAUAAUUAUGAGUUUGUGGAAUCAAGUAUUUUCUUUCCAGUUUAUAACAUCAGUUCCAUAAAUCGAUAUACAGAACAUGUACUGGAUAUAGCUGUAUGUAUCUUUAC